AUGAGUAUCCAGAACCCCCUGAGACUCCUGAACCUGGCAGGGAAGAGCCUAUUAACCAAUGAGGCCUUGGCUAUUUCUACUCUGGAGUAUCUGCCCAUUGAGCUCUUCCCCCCACUCUUCAUGGAAGCAUUCUGGGGAAGACACAGAAAGAUCUUAACAGCCUUGGUUCAAGCCUGGCCCUUUGUCCGCCUGCCUCUGGGGGGCCUGAUGCAGACGCCUCAUCUGGGAACUUUACAAGCAGUGCUGGAUGGACUUGAUGUCCUGCUCACACAGAAGGAUCAUCCAAGGAAGUUCAAAUUGCGCGUGCUGGAUUUAAGGAAUACUGGCCAGGACUUCUGGAGAAUGUGGUCUGGAUCCAGUGCCCAUGUGUCCUCAAGCUCAUCAAUGGCACCAAUGGCUGAGGAUGGGUCAAGGAUCAAGAAGCGCUUGGCUGCCUUUGAGGUGUUCACAGAACUUCACCUCAAGGAAAGAACCAUGAAUGAAUUCCUCACUUACCUGCUAAACUGGGUAGAGCAGAGAGACCCUUUCAUACACCUGUGCUGUAAGAAGCUGAAAAUUGUUUCAUUUCCCAUGGAUAAUAUUAUGAAUGUCCUGAGCAUGGUGCAGCUGGACUGUAUCCAGGAGUUACAUGUGAAUUGCACCUGGCAUCUGUCCACUCUGGCCAUGAUUGCUCCUCUCCUGGGCCAGAUGAGCAAUGUGCAGAAACUGUUUGUCUCCCAUAUCCACCUGCCUGAUCCUGAGGAGUGGAAUGAGCAGCACAUUGUCAAAAUUACUUCUCAGUUCCUGAGGCUGCACCACCUCCAGGAUCUCCAUCUGAAAUCCCCUUUCUACCUUGAAGGCUGCCUGGACCAGAUGCUCAGGUGCCUGAUGAAGCCCUUGGACAACCUUUCAAUAACUCACUGCCUCCUUACAGAUUCAGACUUGACCCACCUGUCUCAGAGCCCGAACAUCAGUCAGCUAAAGAGCCUGAAUCUGAGUGGGGUCACGAUGACCUACUCUAGUCCUGAGCUCCUCCCAGGUCUGCUGGAGAAAGUUUCAGCCACCCUCCAGGAGCUGUACUUAGAGCAAUCUGGGAUCAGAGACUCCCACCUUGAGGCCAUCUUGCCUGCUCUGAGCCACUGCUUCCAGCUCACAUCCUUCAGUCUGCGUGGGAACCUCCUCUCCAUGCCCAUCAUGAAGAAGAUGCUGCGACAUACCUCUGAGCUGCCCAGUUUAAGUCGAGAACUGACAGUGACCUUGGCCCUGAGAAGAUUCCUAUGA